CCCCGCGAUUGGCCAUUCGUCGCUCCCGUGGAGCCCGGGCUCGCAUCAGUCCGGCUGCCAAUCAGCGAGCUGCUAGCACGGGCCGCGGGGGCCGGGACGGCAGAGAGGGGCUCUCCCAUUGGCUGGGCUCUGCGCGGGUUGCAGUUUGAAUCGGCGGCGCGAGCGGUAGUAAUGGCCAAGUAUAAGAAACGCAGACGAAAACACAGAGCUCGAGCAGAAUUUCUACAGGAAAAAGAAAGAGAUGCUGCAAACUCCCAGGGCUCAGGUUGUUCUCCACGGUCAGCAGGUAAUCUUCCUCUGAACACAUCAUCUGUCCCAAGCCAUCUGUCCUCACUCUGGUCAGUAGCCUUGCCCAGUGUGAAAAACAUGGUAAAACCCUUCACAACAACAGUGUCAUUUUUGUACUGUUGGUGCCAGAACACGGUUGCACAGAGUUUUAAAGUGGUUAAAGACACCAUAUUUCCGUCACAAAUCUACUUAAGGGAGCUAAAUACAUUCAGAGAGCAGCUGAAAAAGUUGGAAACUGAAUUUUCCAGACUACAAGGAGCACUCCAGAUGAAUGGAACCACAGCCUCGUCUUCAGAAAAUUCUCUUUGUCAAAGGUGUAAUAAACCACUUGUGGGUGCUCCUGUACCAAUGCAGAUGGGUCUGCUAUCACCAGUAUCCAGGCCUUCUGCAAUACAGCUGCAGCCUGCAUUUGCACCCCCUCCACCUCUUCCUCCUCCACCACCACCACCACCACCUCCACUGCCCCCACCAAAACUGCCUCCAGCACCUCUCCUCCUCAAAAGGGGCAAUGGCUCCAAAGCAGUUCUGAUUCCACCAGUGAAAAAAGAUGGGCCAAUGCAGAUCACCCUCAGAGACCUCCUGAAUGUUAAACUGAGGAAGGCAGAUGGCAGAAGCAGGAUGGACAAGGCAGACUCGCCAAUGAAGACACGCAGGGCCUUAAUUACAGUCUCAGAUUUACAGAGUGUUAGUUUAAGACCUAAAACCAAGCCAUCUGCUCACGUUACAAACUCCUUAAUUACCCCUCCCAAAAAUCACUUAGAUCUUCGAAAACAUCUGAAGAAAGUCAAUAUCCAGAGGAGUCCUGGAGGCACUCCACUAAAUGGCAAAGAAAACACAGAAUGUGGGUCUGGGUUGACGCCACUAAUGACACAGGCACUACGACGCAAAUUUCAGAUGGCACAUCCACAGAGCCCCUCACCUGCCCGGCUGAGUGCUGCAAACAGCUUUGACGAAUAGAAGUAGUUUAUGGAACACUGCGUUUGUCACCUCUGGUUAGGAAGCCCCUCGAAUGCUGUUUUUCUCUUGCUCAGACUUAUAUAUUUGCAAGUAAAUCUUGUGUGCACAAGAACAGGACUUUAUAAACUCCCCUUGGCAGAUUUCUGCUUUUUAAAGGCAAUGUCUUUCUAACAUGUUUCGGUUUGGUUGCAUCUUAAUGGUGAAAAAAUUAAGAAACUUCCUGAGUCUCUUGAUACCUGAGGCAGGGACUGUUGGUGUGCUCAGCACCAGUGCUGCUUGUGAUAUAAAUAUGUGCCUGUGUAGCGUAUUAAGGCAGGGACUGCAGCUAUGGUGCAGCCAGAGACCUUUAUUGAGUGACCAUACAGGCUUUUAUAGCAGUCUGUCUAGAGGCUGGUUGCAUCUGUAUUUUCCAUCACAAAACAAUGCUCCUUCUCCACGUGCUUCACCAUGCACUUCUCCAGCCAAUGGCUUUACUGAUCAUAUGCUGUUGCAUUUCCCCCUUCUUUGUUAAGCUUUGCAGAGUGAGCACAGUAUGUGUUUUGUAAGCAUUACUUGAUUUAUGCUUUGAUUUAUAAGUCAUUGGAUACAAGAAAAACAUGGUAGACAUAUUGUAAUCAUCAAUAACACUAUAAGCCCUAUCACAACAAAGCCAGCUAUAUGUCUAAGCUAAGGACCAAAAUUUCCCAGCCAAGAGAACAGUCCAAAAGGGUCCCCCCCUUGGUUUUGUUGCAACUCUCCAGAUAAUUCCUUCAAGUCCUGAAUGCUUUUGUGAAUUGAGUGAUCACUCAGAUUCAUGCAGCACAUUCUGUUGAAAUCUUCACAGCCAUGCCCCUGGGCUAAUAACAAAAAGUCUAUCGCUGCCCAAUUCUGCAGUGUUGCAUGACACACAGAAUCAGCAUCUGUUAACAACCCUGUCAGGGCAUUGCUAGUGGCAUUACUCU